AUGGCACCGCUGAGAAUUCAUCCACCAGAUCGUAUUUCUGAUCCAAGCUCGUCAAUCUUUAUCCAUCCCAACGACAGCCCAAACUCAGUCGCGGUUUCUCCGAAACUUACUGGCCCCAAUUAUCAUUAUUGGGCACGUUCUAUGAAGAGAGCUCUUGGUGGUAAAUUGAAGCUUGAAUUCAUUGAUGAAAGCCUUCCUCCUCCGAUCGAUGCUUUCGAUCCCUUGUUUCGCGCUUGGAAUCGUUGCAACAUGCUGGAAAAUGUUGUUGAUGUAUGGAACGAUCUCAAAGAACGAUUUUCACAAGGUGACCUUAUUCGUAUUUCUGAAUUACAACAAGAAAUUUUUAAUCUCAAACAAGAAGUUAUGCAUAACGCUAGAUCCAACCAUAAAUUGUUGCGUAUCAUUAGGUUUUUUACUAGCCUGAAUGAUAAUUUUUCUGUGGUUAAAUCCCAAAUUCUGUUGAUGGAACCAUUGCCUCCUUUAAAUAAGAUAUUUUCCAUGGUUAUCCAACAUGAAAGGCAAAAUUCGACUCAAGUUUCCACUAAUGAAGCUCAAACCUUGAUUAAUGCUACUGACUCCAAAACGUUUCCCUCUAAGCACAAUUUCUCCAAGGCUGGUGCUCGUGUAUGUACCUUUUGUGGUAAAACCAAUCAUACUGUUGAGAACUGUUUCAAGAAAAUUGGAGUUCCACCUCAUAUGCAGAAACAAUAUUCCACAUCUGUGAAUAAUGCUGGCUCUGAAGGAAACCAAGAACUUACUUCAAAUUCUCUUGACAUGAAGAGUGGGAGUGCCUCUUCCAAUCAAGUUGCUACUGUUAAUUCAUCAGUAGGUAAUGUCCGUAACCCUAGUCUUCGGAUAGUUGAUUCAGGUGCUAAUGAUCACAUAUGUGGAUCUAUGUCUUGGUUUCAAAGUUAUACUGCUAUUCCUCCUAUUAAUGUUAGGUUGCCCAAUGGUCAUUCCCUGCUUGUCAAAUACUCUGGCACUAUCGCCUUAUGGAAUUUCGGGCUAGGACAUUUGUCUCAAAAUAGAUUGUCUGCUUCACAUUCUUUGUAUCCCUGUAUUGUUCUCAAUAAUAAAGAUGUUUGUGACAUUUGUCACUAUGCUAGACAAAGAAAACUCCCCUAUAAUGAUAGUACAAGUAGAGCUCUGCAUCCUUAUGACAUGAUUCAUUUUGAUAUAUGGGGAUCAUUAGAUAUCAAAUCUCUACAUGGUCACUCAUAUUUCCUUAUUGCAGUUGAUGACUGCAACAGAUAUAUCUGGAUAACCUUAAUGAAAACCAAAUCUGAGGCAAGACAACAUGUCAUUAAUUUUGUUAAACUCAUUGAAAAACAGUAUGCUGCUAGGGUCAAAACUGUCAAAACUGACAAUGGUCCUGAGUUUAAUAUGCUUGAAUUUUAUGCUACUAAUGGUAUAGUUCACCAAACUAGUUGUGUAGAAUCUUCACAACAAAAUGGUACAGUGAAGAGGAAACGUCAACACCUUUUAAAUGUUGGCAUAGCCCUUCUUUUUAGUCUAAACUUCCUAAGAAAUUCUGGUCUUAUGCUCUUUUACAUGCUACAUUCAUCAUAA